UCGUAACGCCGUCGUCACGGACACUCAGCUCCUCCGCCGCUACUCCGGCCAGAGGGAUCUCCCUCCCGCGGCCCGCCAAUGGAGCGCCCGGCUCUGCCUGCCGCCCCCGGGACGGUCCGCAGAAAGACUCUGGGAGCCAGCCGCCCGCUCUGAGCGCCCGGGGAGGCGGCAUCAAACCGCCGGGCUGCACAGCGCCGAGCGGUUUCAGAGCGCUUCGCGUCGAGAUCGGGCGAUUUCAAAGUUUGCAGUGCAGACUGGCGUUCUGAAAAAACUUUUACCGAAAGUUCUGGCCUUCUGAACGACGUUGUGUUGUGAAGAUUGUGCUGUGUAUGAGAUAGCCCGUCAGUCAGAGAACGACGUCCAAGCGACCAUUUGCAAGGAGUUCCCUCGCAAAGCCUUGGGUCCUCUUGCUUUGUAGCCGGUCCCUUUGCAGCAGCGGCCGGAUGGAGCCUGACAACCCCGGCAUGGAGACCCCAGGUUGCCCGGAAGGCGGACCCGAAUGCCAGGACCGGCUCGGGGGCUCCCCGGGUGAGGAGGACCCGUCCUCGCCGCCGGAGCCCGGCUCCGGUGCUCCCCGCGGCCAAGGGGGCGAGGUCCCGGGCGGCGAGGAGGCGAGGAAGGGAAGGAAGGACACCUCGAAGGUGAGGUCCUCCACCUCGUCCACCUCCUCCCUCAGCUACUCGUCCCUCGAGUCGGACGACGAUGUGUUCAGCGACGAGGAGCCGAGGCGGCGGGGCAUUCUGAGGAAGACCAAAUCAUGGAAGACCUUCUUCACGGCCAUGCACUGGACUUUCCGAAGAUCAAACUCCUGGGUACAGCUAGCGGGACACGAGGGGCACUUCCGGCCGAGCGAAGGGGGCCUGAUCCUGAAGAAGUUCAGCGGGACGGAGAGUGCCUGCCUGGAGACGCUGAUGGGUGAUGUGCUGAAGCCCUUCGUGCCGGCCUACCACGGCGUGGUGGAGAAGCAGGGAGAGCGGUUUACCCAGAUGGAGGACCUCCUGUCCGGCCUCUCCGCCCCCUGCAUCAUGGACUGCAAGAUGGGUGUGCGGACCUACCUGGAGGAGGAGCUGACGAAAGCCCGGAUGAAGCUGACCCUCCGCGAGGACAUGUACCAGAAGAUGACCAAGGUUGACCCGUCGGCCCCCACCCAGGAGGAGCACCGGCAGGGAGCUGUCACCAAGCCCCGCUACAUGCAGUGGAGGGAGACCCUGAGCUCCACGGCCACCCUCGGCUUCCGCAUCGAAGGCAUCACGAUGGAGAGCGGGACGGUUCUCAAGGACUUCAAGAAGACCAAGACGAGGGAGCAGAUCAUCGCCACGUUGACCCGUUUCACCGAGGGACAUCUGGGUGUGCUGAGUGGAUACCUGGAGCGGCUGCAAACAAUAAAGGAGGCACUGCUGCAGUCCCAGUUCUUCAGGUCCCACGAGGUCAUCGGCAGCUCGCUGCUCUUCAUCCAUGAGAGGAAGCGCUGCGUCAACGUCUGGAUGAUCGACUUCGGGAAGACGACGGCGCUGCCCGAGGGGCAGACCCUCAGGCACGACCUCCCCUGGGAGGAGGGCAACCGGGAGGACGGUUACCUCCUGGGACUCGACAACCUGCUGGGCCUCUUCGCCGAGACCAUCAGCAGGCAGCACUCGCUGGCCAGGGACGUGGCCGAGAACUGACGGAGGGCAGGGAGGGCCCGGCCCUGCCAAUGGGACGGCCAGCGGCUGCCUGACCUGGCGGAGGGCGUGUGCGAGGGGUGACUCGAUAGGCCCAGUGGCCUGGUUCUACUCUGCCCGACGGAGACGGUCGGAUCUGCUCUAUGACCACUCACGGGAAGGCGAGGGUCCCAGAUCGAUGCACAAACCUCUGUCCUGUCCCUCAGGGUAUCUCCGAAACACAUCCAUGUGUCCCGCCUCGUUUGACAGACGAGAGGCCGCUGCACAGCCGCGCUUGGGGUACAGUAUCAGAGACUGAUCCCCAUUAAAGGGCAGCUCGCACUCCCCGUGCCGGCCCCGGCUGUGAGGGCGCAUCUGUAAUCGGACAAAUACAGGGAAGCGAGACGGGAGGAACUCCAGGCAGCUGGUAAAAGAACUGUGGGACCUCGUAGGUUGAAGCUCCUUUACGCUGUGUUAUGGAAAGGCUGUGAUGGUGUGUGAUGGGACGGUGUGGAGGGAGCUUCACUCUGUCUGACCCCGGGAGUGUGUGAUGGGACAGUGGGGAGGGAGCUUCACUCUGUGUCUGACCCCGGGAGUGUGUGAUGGGACAGUGGGGAGGGAGCUUCACUCUGUGUCUGACCCCGGGAGUGUGUGAUGGGACAGUGGGGAGGGAGCUUCACUCUGUGUCUGACCCCGGGAGUGUGUGAUGGGACAGCAAGUGUCAGGGUAUUGGCUGCCGUGUACGGAACGAUACCGUUUCAAGCUUUGUGCGUCCCUGAUGAUAGCUUCCUACGAGGUUCCAGUAUUCGGUAUCACUUCACGUAGACACUACAGCUGCAAGUGGCAGCCUGCAGCAGGAACCGUGCCGGGAGUCGGGAGUGAGCGGGGAAGAAUUGUAAUUCCCGUCCGGUCCUCACGCCGCUCAGAUAAUCAAUCACGGAGGCUGCCGAAUGUUCUAGAUACAGAGUCUGGAAUUUUAGGAAUAUGUCAUCCCAUUUCCAUCCAUGUGAGUCCUUCUGGAUUCAUUACAGCACCCUGGCCCUCUUCCCGCCGGCAGUAGGAUCCAGGGACUGUGAGCCAGGAUGGCUACCGAGUCUUUGGCUUCAGCGGCCAGUCCGAGAUUAGCGCACCCGUCAGCUCAGAUCGGGGCUUCAUUGGCGGGAGGGAAGUCACAGUCCGGCGCCUGGCUGUGGAGCCGCCGACCCCCGGUGCUAUUCGUGCGUACGGAGAGCGCACCUUCGCCCUGUGCCCCGCCCCUGGGAGUUCCGCUUCUCCCCCACCCUAACGACGUGUCACUGGGUUAGUUGACCGCUGUGAAUUGCACCUCGGCAUGUGGCCGAGGGGAUGGGAAUGCAGGCAGUGGGUCUGUAUCUGGGCCGUGUCAGGGGUGUGACUGUGUGUGAGAGAGAGAGACUGAGACGCGUGUCAGGGGACUGGAACAACCUGGUGGAUGGAUUUGAUUGGCCAUGUUCCUAGAGAACGGGGAGACCCCAUCAAACCGUGGCUGCUGUCAAAGUUUACAGCAGAUAUCGGCGAGCGUUCGGGGCGGCCCGGGGCAACGAACCGAUCCCCUGCGGGCUGAACGCGAAUAUGACCCACCCACCGGUUAAUCCGGACUGCGAGUUCCGAUCCGGGAGUUGUGUUCAUUUUUUUAAACCGUGGCGUAACGUGCAAAAUGCUGGAGGAACUCAGUAAGUCAGGCAGCAUUUAUGGAAACGUUAAUAAACUGUCGGCGGUCCGGGCCGAAGCCCUCCUUCGGGACGCUAAACCCAGCGAUAUCGCCGGGGAAUAACGAGUGCCUGUGUAGCAUGCUAAACAACAGUGUGUUGGAUUAAAAAAAAACAUGUUGUCUACAUGGACUUCAUUAAGGCCUUUGACAAAGCCCCGCAUGGGAGGUUAGUUAGGAAGAUUCAGUCGCUAGGUAUACAUGGAGAGGUGGUAAAUUGGAUUAGACAUUGUCUCAAUGGAAGAAGCCAGAGAGUGGUGGUAGAGAAUUGCUUCUCUGAGUGGAGCCCUGUGACUAGUGGUGUGCCACAGGGAUCAGUGCUGGGUCCAUUGUUAUUUGUCAUCUAUAUCAAUGAUCUGGAUGAUAAUGUGGUAAAUUGGAUCAGCAAAUUUGCUGAUGAUACAAAGACUGGAGGUGUAGUGGACAGUGAGGAAGGUUUUCAAAGCUUGCAGAGGGAUUUGGACCAGCUGGAAAAAUGGGCUGAAAAAUGGCAGGUGAAGUUUAAUACUGGCAAGUGUGAGGUAUUGCACGCUGGAAGGACAACCCAAGGUAGAACAUACAAGGUAAAUGGUAAGGCACUGAGGAGUGCAGUAGAACAGAGGGAUCUGGGAAUAUAGAUACAAAAUUUCCUAAAAGUGGAGUCACAGGUAAAUAGGAUUGUAAAGAGAGCUUUUAGUACAUUGGCCUUUAUUAAUCAAAGUAUUCAGAAUAACAGUUGGAAUGUUAUGAUGAGGUUGUAUAAGGCAUUGGUGAGGCCGAAUCUGGAGUAUUGUGUUCAGUUUUGGUCACCAAAUUACAGGAAGGAUAUAAAUAAUGUUGAAAGAAUGCAGAGAAGGUUUACAAGGAUGUUGCCGGGACUUGAGAAACUCAGUUACAGAGAAAGGUUGAAUAGGUUAGGACUUUAUUCCCUGAAGCGUAGAAGAAUGAGGGGAGAUUUGAUAGAGGUAUAUAAAAUUAUGAUGGGUAUAGAUAGAGUGAAUGCAAGCAGGCUUUUUCCACUGAGGCAAGGGGAGAAAAAAAACAGAGGACAUGGGUUUAGGGUGAGAGGGGAAAAGUUUAAAGGGAACAUUAAGGGGGGCUUCUUCACACAGAGAGUGGUGGGAGUAUGGAAUGAGCUGCCAGAUGAAGUGGUAAAUGCGGGCUCACUUUUAACAUUUAAGAAUAAAUUGGACAGAUACAUGGAUGGGAGGUGUAUGGAGGGAUAUGGUCCAUGUGCAGGUCAGUGGGACUAGGCAGAAAAUGGUUCGGCACAGCCAAGAAGGGCCUAAAGGCCUGUUUCUGUGCUGUAAUGUUCUGUGGUUCUAUAUUAACAUCCAGCAGUCCGGGAAUCUGUCAGUUUGAACGAAUCUGGCCAUUCUCUAACCUCUCUCAUUAAUAAGGCACAGGACUGCAGCUCGCUGGAUGAUUUUUGAUUUUCACACCAUUCUCUGUAAACUCUGGAGAUUGUUGUGUGUGAAAAUCCCAGGAGAUUCGCAGUUUCUAAGAUACUCAAAGCACCCCGUCCAGCACCAACAAUUAUUCCAAAGUCAAAGUCACUCGGAUCACUUUUCUUCCCCCAUUCUGAGGUUUGGUCUGAACCUCUUGAUCGUGUCUGCGUGCUUUUAUGGGUUGAGUUGCUGCCCCGUGAUUGGCUGAUGAGAUAUUUAUGUUAAUGAGCAGGUAUGCCGGCUGCCAGCCCCAGUGGUGCAUGUGGGCUCAUUUUCAGCGUUUAAGAGAAGUUUGGACGGACGGGGGUGGGGUUGGGGGCUCUGGUCCCAGUGCCGGUCGAUGGGAGUAGGCAGUAUAAACGGUCCAGCACAGAUUAGACGGGUCAAAGAGCCCGUUUCUAUAGAGAGCUGUUCUACGGCUCCAUAAUGAUGAAGCCACACGGUGCAGGUGAACAGGAGAACUUGACUGAGGAUUCCCACUGGACAGGCGGGCUGAGCCGGGGUAAGGGGAUCUUCUGACCAGUAACGUGAUUUACACCCAGGUCCAGAGAGGACCGAGGCGGACUCGGCGGCAGCGACUGCGAGAGGCUCGUCUGUUUUCAGACUUGCCAGAGGUGAGCUUUGUAUGGUCCCUGCAGUAGAUGUCUCACUUUGUAAAUGAAUGCUUCUUUACUCAUCGUACCUGUCCUGACAAAUAAACACAGAAAA